GCUCACAGUGGCGGAACCCGUUUCCAAACAAUGAGCUUAGAGCAUUAAAAGGAAGAGACACCUUCCUGGUACUCACUCAGGUGGAUUCUCACAAGGCUCCGCCUCCCCUCCUGAAAAAUCCACCCACCUGCAUCCAAAAAGCAUCAACACAGAGCCUUUGUCUUAAAUUAUCUUCAGAGGCUGAAAGCAGCAAACAAACUCUCAACGAUCUCCUGAACAUCAUCGCAUCCGCAUCGCGCCUCCACAGCACAGAAAUGGAACGAGGACUGAGCCUGUUAGUUGCCAUCGUGUUGGUCUCUGUGGCACCAUGUGUCCACGGAACGUUCCAUUUGUCAUUUUCUCCAGAUUUACCGGUAAACAUCUCUCGGGAUGGAUGUGGACGAACUAAACUUUGUAUCUCAAAACCAAAUGACUGUGAUCCCGUUAAGUCAACAAGCUGUCUCUUUGGUUCAUUUAACACCACGACCAACUGCACCACCAACGGGACCAACUGCACCACGAACGCCACCAACUAUAUCAGAGAUGUCAACAGUGAGCUUUCAGGACAGUCUGAAGGAUAUAUAGCAAUGGGCAGCACUUUGAAUAUAUCAGCGGGUGUGUCAUUGAUGAUGAUCUGCGGACGAAACGCCAACAACAGCUUCUUCUUCCAAACAAUGGAGAGAAACAACACCAACAACGUGCUAAUGCCCAUCGACCAGACUGUGUCAAACAUCCGUGGCAAGGUGAACCAGAGCCUGAUCCAGUGUGAGUUCACGGUCCCUAAUUAUAAUACCAGCAGGGCCUUGGUCUUAUUCCUCGCCACCGGCAGUGUGAACGGCAGCACACUCGGCCCCUUAAACAUCAGUCUGGUUACUGCUCCUCUGGAUCUCAACAACCCGGCCAGCAACGUCCCCACCACCGCCCCUCCCACAGGAAACAGAGCCGCUGGAGUUACGCCUGCUCACGCUCUGGUGCUCCUGCUGAAUAUCGCCACACUGCUCGCCCUGCUGAAGCCCUAACGCUGGGGCUGAUGGGAUACGAUGAAGCCUGCUAAUGCCACUGCCUAAACGCAUUAGAGAAACUGAGUGUCAGAAAAUGUCCUGUGAGAUCUUUUCCCAAAAGCAGUUCAGACAUGUAGAGACUUAUUUUUUUGUAUCGUUUGUACCAGAGACAAGCUGAGGGCUGCAGUAGGGAUGUUUUGCAUCAAACAACAUUUGGAAUCAUACGGUUACUAUUAUUAUUAUUAUGUACUCAGGUUUUGUAUUCAUGCACACAUUUAAGCAGUGUAAUGUAGCUUUUUCUUUGUUAAUGAUCCUGAUGGCUCCACAAGCAGUCUGGAAAUGAUAUUAAACCCAUUUUCCUAACGUCACUCACACCCUGGUUCCCCAUCCUGGGCCCAGACACCGGCCCCAGCCCUGUGAGGUUUUGCCUUCAGACACACAGUCAAAAUUAAAAGUGCACAUUAUACAAAGUCAUAACUCACUCACUCACUCACUGGAUAAUCAAAUUGUUGUUCUUUGAAUGAACAAGAGAAAAGGGGGAGAAAAUGUACUUAAAAGUUAUAUAUGCAUUAAAGAAGAAUGGAUUGAAUCACUAUUCUGGGCUUGCACUGAUAUUUUUUAAUGCAAAAUGCAAUUUCACAUUAAAAAUAUCCUUCAGGAUAAUAAAGUGAGCAAAUGUGGCUAAAUGAUGCAUUUUGUCUUUAGUCACACUUUUGUAAUUUAUCCAUUAAAUGAUACCACCACCAUCAGCCGCCAAAUUUACACACCAAACAUUUCAUCAUUUGACGUGUUCGUUACCCCCAAUAAUCAUACAUGUAACAUGUAUGAUGUAUGUUGGAGACAUGAAGAUUGUAAGCCAGUGUGACUAAAAGAAGACAAAUUCUUUUAGCCACACGGCUACCGCUACCCGGGCUAUUCUUCUGCAUGAUGUGUGUGUGCAGGCAUUUGUACACACACGCUUGCACACCCACACUUGGGAGUAGGUUAGGGGGGAGCACAUUCUCCAAGGGACAAAGUUUGGGAACCACUGGCUUUAGUCAGCUUUAACAAGCAAAGCAUCCAAACACACUUUAGAGGAAAAUCACAUCAUGUUACCAUGUUUUAAUAUUUAUGUGUGUAUGUUUUGUUAAUAUAAACAUGUGGAAGGGAUAUUUUAUUUUAUUUUAUUUGUGCUGUUUGCAGAAUAAAGUUGGAAUUAUUUUAAUAAAGUUUAUGUGAAGAUGUACAA